AUGCUUCUGCUCUUCCUCAUCCUCUGCGGGACGCCGCACGCGGCCACCACCACUGCCGGCGAUGGCUUGGGCUCGGGAUCAUUCUCGCGCAUGUUCAGCUUCGGCGACUCCGCCACCGACACCGGUAACGGCGCGACCGUCAAUCCCAACUCUUCUUCCAACAUGCUCCCCUACGGCGAGACCUUCUUUGGCCACCCCACCGGCCACUUCAGCGAUGGCAGGAUCACCGUCGACUUCCUAGCGGUGGGGCUGGGGCUGCCGUUCUUGCCACCAUUCCUCCGCGGGAAAACGGCCGAGGACUUCUGGCAUGGGGCCAACUUCGCGGUGGGUGGAGCGACGGCGCUGAGCCGGGACUUCUUCAAGGAGAAAGGAUUUGACGUCACCAAUAUACCGCCAUACUCACUGGACGUGCAGAUGGAGUGGUUCAAGGGCUUGCUCGACUCGCUCGCUACCACAGACAAAGAACGCAUGGAAAUCAUGUCAAAAUCCUUGUUUCUAAUGGAGGAGAUUGGAGGCAAUGACUACGGUUAUCUCUUCACCCAGAACAGAUCAUUCACCAAAGAGAUCAAACCAUUGGUACCAAAAGUUACAGCGAAGAUUGAGAAUGCCAUCAAGGUCCUAAUCAACCUAGGAGCAAAGACGAUUGUUGUUCCAGGAGUUUUUCCAGUAGGGUGUCUUCCACAUUAUCUUGCAAUGUUUCAAAGCAAGUCGGCUCCUGAAGACUAUGAUGCAUUUGGUUGCAUAAUGUGGUUAAACGACUUCUCUGAGUACCGCAAUUGUGCACUCAAGCGCAUGUUGCAGCAAAUCCCCCGAAAUCCUACGGUCACCAUACUCUAUGGUGACUACUCCAAUAACAUCUUAGAGAUCAUCCGUCACCUUGUCAUACACGGGUUUAAGAGAGAGACUAUGUUAGUGCCGUGCUUCAUGAACGGCAAUCUUUGCCCCGACCCAUCGAUAUACAUAUCGUGGGAUGAACUGCAUCUCACUGAAGCCGCUUAUAAGUUUGUGGCCCAUCACUUCUUGCAUGACCCUUUUGUUGAAUCGUCCAUAUGUCCCAUAUGA